AUGGCGGCCAACGACUACUACAACAACAACGAUCCAUCACGACAUUAUAAUCAAUACGAGCCAUCCUUGGCAUCUACAACCCCGCCUUCUUAUACCUCGCAUGCGCAUAAUCAAGAACGUCCGGGUGCUUCUACCGUAUCUCCCUUCGAGAGCGUCUUUGAUGACCAUGUCUACCCGACUAACUCACAAUCCCACCAGAACUCCGAUUCCUUAAACAACACCCAACAGACCUUCGCUUACGACACAAGAUAUCAUGGCUCCGGACCGGGUGAUGUGUCACCCGUAGGAACCGAUGAUAUCCCCAUGCGCAAUCAGAGCAACAAAUCACCAGGUUAUGCGGCCGAUUCGACUGACCAUGUCUACGACGCCCCAGAUCAAGAGGCGGGUAGUCGUCGAGGCCUACCCAAGCGUGGUCGCAUCCGGUUUGGUGAAUUAGGCAUGCUUGGAUCGGAGAAGAGGAGAAUACCCAUCAUGGUUUAUCUAUUCUCUAUCAUUCAAAUCGCCGUGUUCAUUGCCGAGCUCGUCAAGGCCGCUCAGCUCACAGGUAGCCCGAUUCAGAUUCAGCCUUCCUUUAACCCCAUGAUAGGUCCUUCGCAGCAGGUUCUUAUCAACAUGGGUUCGAGGUUCGUCCCGUGUAUGAAGAACGUGAAUGGCGUACAAAAUUAUAGCCCACCGGGGUUUGGAUGGCCUUGCCCCAACACUACCUCGAAUGACCCUAGCGACGACUCGAAUAAGUGCUCUCUGUCGGAGCUCUGCGGGUUUGAUGGAGUUCCCAAUCCCGAGUGGGACCCCGUCAACGGUUUGAAUCAGGACCCGGCACCUAACCAGUGGUUCCGCUUCAUAAUCCCCAUCUUUAUGCAUGCGGGUAUAAUCCACAUCGGUUUCAAUCUACUGCUGCAGCUUACUAUGGGAAAGGAGAUCGAAAGGGCCAUCGGAUCCACCCGAUUUUUCCUCGUUUAUAUGAGUGCUGGUAUCUUUGGCUUUGUUAUGGGAGGCAACUAUGCUGCUCCGGGAAUUUCAUCUACCGGAGCAUCGGGAUCUUUGUUCGGAAUUAUUGCUCUGACCUUGCUCGAUCUGCUAUACUCGUGGGGUGAGAGGCGUAACCCUGGCAGGGAGUUAAUAUUUAUCAUCAUCGAGAUCCUUAUAUCCUUCGCCCUCGGCUUGCUCCCCGGUCUGGACAACUUCUCUCAUAUCGGCGGGUUUAUUGUCGGGUUAUGUCUGGGUGUCAGCGUUCUCCAUUCGCCAAACGCUCUCCGCCGUAAGAUUGGCGAGGAUCACUUUGGAGGGCCUUCGUAUUCUACCGUAGGCGGCGGUGGUAUCACCAGCGUCGCCUUCCCUUCGUUCUAUAGAAACCCUGUAGGCUUCUUCAAGGGUCGGAAGCCCCUCUGGUGGGUGUGGUGGCUCGUUCGCGCUGGAUUUCUCAUACUUGUUAUCGUUGUUUUCAUCGUGUUACUCAGGAACUUCUACUCCAACCAGAAUAACUGCAGUUGGUGCAAGUAUCUUAGCUGCCUGCCCGUUAACCACUGGUGUGAUAUCGGAAAUAUCACUAUCACAACAUCAGAACCGUCCAAUUCGUCCCGGCGGGGUGUCGAUUUGGCUCUGCUCGAACAGGUUGCCAACUUCUACUCAUGA